AUGACCACCGAGAGGGACGAGUCCAGGACAGCUCUGAUUCUGUAUGGCUCCGAGACUGGAAAUGCACAAGAGGUAGCCGAAGAACUCGGCCGCACGGCAGAGCGUCUACAUUUUGUCACGCAUGUUGGAGAAUGCGAUAGUGUCAAGGCGGAAUCGUUACGUUCCUAUUCUCUGGUUAUUUUUGUAGUCUCGACCACUGGCCAGGGCGAUUUCCCGCUCAAUGGACGAGCGUUCUGGAAAUCGCUGCUGCUGAAACGACUGUCUGCUGAUUUCCUCGGUGGCGUCAAUUAUACUCAAUUCGGUCUGGGAGACAGUUCGUAUCCAAAAUUCAAUUGGGCUGCACGCAAGCUACACAAACGUCUCUCGCAGCUUGGUGCAAACGAAGUCUAUCCAGUUGGAGAGGCUGAUCAGCAACACACGGAAGGACUAGAGGGCACCUUUCUUCCCUGGGCCACCGAGUUACGCAAUUUUUUGCUGACUCAAUAUCCUUUGCCGUCUGGAGUGCAGCCUAUUCCAGAUAAUGUUCAGCUUCCACCCAAGUGGAUCCUAGAGGAAGUAGAGGGGCCUGCCUCAUCUUCAAGCACGUCGCUACCCAAGAACAGUUUUGAAGUGGAUUCGAGACCUAUCCCAGAUGCAUUAACAGCUACUCUCACGCAAAAUAAACGCGUGACUCCUGACAAUCAUUGGCAAGAUGUCCGACAUAUUUGUCUGACAACCCCGGAGACAGUGUCCUACUCCCCCGGCGAUAUGAUAUCAAUCAUGCCAAAGAACUUUUCUGUAGAUGUCGACAUCUUACUGGAACUGAUGGACUGGAAAGAAGUUGCAGAUAAACCCGUAUCAUUUGCCCCUGGCAUUGGCUUACGAAACAAACCCCUGGACGAGCUUCCGCCUGCUCCCAUUCCAUAUCUUGCCUCUUCAUCACAGACAGCCUCGCCACCCUUGACGCUUCGAAUACUCCUAACUGACUAUCUUGAUAUCCGAGCUAUUCCCCGGCGUUCUUUCUUUGCAAAUGUCGCCCAUUAUUCCAACGAUGAAAUGCAUAAAGAGCGUCUACUUGAAUUUACAAACCCAGAUCCAGAAUUCGUCGACGAUCUCUGGGAUUACACGACGCGUCCGCGCCGAAGUAUUUUAGAAGUACUGCAAGAGUUUGACUCUGUCAAGAUCCCCUGGCAACACGCCGCAUCUGUCCUACCCGUGCUCCGCGGCCGGCAAUUCAGCAUCGCCAGCGGCGGUGAGCUCAAGCAAAUAGUACCUGGACAAAGCGAGGGAACCAAGUUUGAGCUUCUUAUCGCAAUUGUCAAAUAUCGAACGGUUAUCAAAAAGAUCCGCCAGGGUGUUUGUACCCGCUAUCUCUCUGCUCUGCAGCCAGGAAGCACGCUCAAGGUCCACUUGCAACGUGGUGGUCUCAAUCCGACGUUGGACCAGCUUACUGGGCCUUCGGUCUUGGUCGGGCCAGGCACCGGCGUAGCACCACUUCGGGCGAUGAUAUGGGAAAAGGCUGCAAUUCUGAAAGCUUCCCGCGAAGAAGCAGAAGAAGAUGAAGAAAACAGCACUUCAAGUCUCAACAUUGGCCCAACUUUGCUCCUCUUUGGAGGUCGAAAUCGAGCUGCCGAUUUUUUCUUUGAAGACGAGUGGAAGCGGUUCGAAGAGGAAGGGUUGGUCAAUCUAGAACUUUUGACGGCAUUUUCGCGUGACCAAAAAGAAAAAGUAUAUGUUCAGGAUCGAAUACGUCAAAAUGCGGAUAAAUUUUUGAAGCUGCUGUAUCACCAGGCUGGGUCCGUAUUUAUCUGUGGCUCCUCGGGUCGAAUGCCAGAAAAUGUAAGGGAAGCUCUGGUUGAUUGUUUUGAGCAGGCUUGUUCGUCUGAUGCGGAUGGUUCUGCUCGCCAGCAGGCAGAACAGUAUCUGGUAAACAUGGAGAAGAUAGGAAGAUACAAACAGGAGACGUGGUAA